AUGACUGCUGUUGCACGCCGAUUACCUUGUGCGUUAAGGCUUGUCAAAGUACACGUUCCUCCAAUCUCACGACCUUUGUCGACAAGCCACGCAUUUGGAAAAACUUCCACAUUAGAAGAUCCACCACGCGGCAAUGAGCCCAAGACACCCGGCCGUGAGCCUCCAGCUCCUCCACCACAAGAAGGAGAGAAUCUGCAAAAGAAUACGGCCUCAGCAAGCUUCCUAGGCACGACCAAACGACUACCCGAGUUUAAUCUUACAGAUAAAGUCGUUCUCGUGUCAGGGGCUGCACGUGGCCUUGGUCUCACCCAAGCAGAGGCAUUGCUCGAAGCUGGUGCUACAGUCUACGCGCUUGAUCGGCUUCCAGAACCUUCCCCGGACUUCUACCGCGUGCAGAAAAGAGCAGCAGAGGAAUUGGGAACAACUUUCUAUUACCGGCAAAUUGAUGUCCGAGAUGUCGACGGCUUGAACAAAAUCGUUGCGAGCAUAGGCGACAAGCAUGGACGGAUGGAUGGGCUGAUUGCGGCAGCAGGGAUUCAGCAAGAGACAACAGCUUUGGAGUAUACAGCCAAGGACGCAAAUAUGAUGUUUGAGAUCAAUAUCACCGGCGUAUUUAUGACAGCGCAAGCUGUAGCGAAACAGAUGAUAAGAUUUGGCAACGGAGGUAGUAUCGCCAUGAUUGCAUCUAUGAGUGCGCACGUUGCCAAUCGAGGUCUCAUCUGUCCAGCCUAUAACGCAUCAAAAGCCGGUGUGCUCCAGCUAGCCAAGAACUUGGCUUCAGAGUGGGGCCAGUAUGGCAUUCGAGUCAACACCAUCUCUCCUGGUUACAUCGUCACCGCGAUGGUCGAAGAGCUUUUCCGCCUCUACCCCGAGCGGCGAACUGAGUGGCCAGCGCAGAAUAUGCUCGGCAAGCUGAGCAAACCAGAAGACUUCAGAGGCGCCGCUGUGUUUCUCCUCAGCCCGGCAAGCUCAUAUAUGACAGGCGCCGACAUGAGGAUAGAUGGCGGGCACGCAAGCUGGUAA